AUGGACACCGAUAAGUGUGCCUCCGGCUCUUGCACCGCGCGACUCCAAACUCGCGAGGAGAAGCGCAAGGCCUUCAAUCAUGCCGAUAUGACUGCGGCAGAGAUCUGCGAUGGCCUUCGCAAUGAUCUACAUCGCAUUGGUAUGGACUAUCUCUCUGACCACGACCUCUCACGCGUCGAAACGGAUGUUCAUGAUGUCUGGGAUGAGUUGAUCCAUGCCGCCAAAAUUAUACCGUCAGUCGACGCUGAGCACGACAGGCUCGUGACGCUCAUUCUAGAGCUUCGCGAGCUCGGGAAUAUUAUGAGAAGGAACAAGGAUGCCGGCGCCGAGGAGGCAGCCGUUUUGUCCAACGGCCAGCGGCCGUGGGCUGAUCUUCCUUUUCUCGCGGAAGAGCUGAAUGCAUUCUGGACAAACGAGUCCGGGACUCUGACCGUCUCCGAGCGCCAGAGCCUCGCCGUUCUGUCCGGUAAGCUCUGCGGCGCCGGGGUUCGCGCUGCCGAGAUCGCCCAGGCUGCCCUCUGGCUUUUCAAGCAGGCCCUGGAAACGGACAGGCCACGGGCCGCCACCAGCGCCGAAGAUCAGGUUUCGCAACGGCCGGAUCUUACCGCUGCCGAUCUGCUUCCCGCCUGCCUCGAGUGGCUCAAGUACGGCAAAUGCAAGCUGGCGAAGCUCUCCUUGGACAACCACCGCCCUGCCCUCUCCAAGGAGGAUGCGGCCCUUGCUUCUCCUGGACCUUUGGCGGUUGCGGCCGGCAUCAAGGACGAAGGCUUUAGCAUGGCGAGGUGGCUGUUUUGGAGACAGCGGUUGGGAGAACUCUACCGUGGGGGCGGUGAGCAGGUCGCGAAGCCCGCCAGGGCCUGUUUUGAGCAAAUGGUCAACGCAGGAAUGUCGAUGAGCGUCAACAUCCCUGGAGAGAGAAGGUUCCUAGACAAGGCGUUUGAGGCUCUCGACAAGGAGCUUGCCGCCAGGGAGUUUAAGGGGUCUGUCGGCAUCGAGGAGAUUGAGAUUGAUCCAACGUGGGCAAUUGAGGAUGGGCCAAAUUGA